CCGAAAGGUGAAACUCUUUUGACCAUGAAAUAUGUUCUCCUUACAUGCCGCAGCCUCUUCGAGUUCUGUGCAUUAGGGUCAGGGAUUCCAUUCAUCCUGGAGCUGAGCGUGCGGCCAGCUGGAGGAACCAAAAUGGGUUGAGAUGGUGACUCAGUCAACUUCAUUUCCACUCAUCCCCAGAGUCAGCCUUCUUUUCUCCCGGGGAAGGCUGAUAGAAGUUCAAAAGGCUUGUGGUAGCUAGUGUCCUGAGAGUUCCCAGCGCCAGCAGCGACCCCUCUCUUUCACCUCUGCCUAUUGGAGACCACUUAGAUAUCGAAGAAGACUGGGCGGCUGGAUUCAGGAAGCUAUGAAUCAUGUCACUCGAAACGAGCGGCAGACUUUAAACUCCAUUCAGCAUGUGGAAACGGCAGAGAAAUGACCUGUCCAGACAAGCCGGGGCAGCUCAUAAACUGGUUUGUCUGCUCCUUGUGCGUCCCUCGAGUGUGUAAACUCUGGAGCAGCCGGCGUCCCAGGACCAGACGGAACCUCCUGCUGGGCACUGCCUGUGCCAUCUACCUGGGCUUCCUGGUGAGCCAGGUUGGCAGGGCCUCCUUCCAGCAUGGACAGACCACUGACAAGGGGCCACCCCACAGCCACGGCAUCUCCAAGGUACUCUUUCCGGAGAUACCCCUGGAUGGUACCCUGGCCCCUCCAGAGUCGCAGGACAAUGGCAGCACACUGCAGCCCAACGUAGUGUACAUUACCUUACGCUCCAAGCGCAGCAAGCCUGCCAAUAUCCGUGGCACGGUGAAACCCAAGCGCAGGAAGAAGUAUGCAGUGGCAUCUGGGGCCCCUGGUCAGGAGGCGCUGGUUAAGCCAUCCUUUAUACUGCAGGAAGUUGCACGGGCAGCAGAUGCUGAAGUACCUGGCUAUGCUCAGGUUGGAGAACAACCCUGGAGGAUGCUGCGUGGUCCUGGAAUCAGAACUGGUAGUUCAAACUUGCGACAGCCUAGGGCGCGAGAGAGCAACAUUCGGAUUUACAGUGAGAGCGCCCCCUCAUGGCUGAGCAAAGAAGACAUUCGCAGAAUGCGCCUGCUGGCUGAUGGUGAGGUGGCUAGCAUCCUGCCAGCUGUCUCUAAGAGUGGUGCCCACUUGCUGGUAUUGGAAGGGAGCACCUCAGGCUCUGUGCCUGGCUGUGGGCCUAGUCCCUGUGGGUUACUCAAGCAGCCCUUGGACAUGAGUGAAGUGUUUGCCUUCCACCUGGACAGGAUUCUGGGUCUCAAUAGGACCCUGCCAUCCGUGAGCAGGAAAUCAGAGUUCAUCCAAGAUGGCCGCCCUCGUCCUAUCGUUCUCUGGGACUCAUCUCUAGCAUCUGCAAGCAAUGAUAGUCAUUCUUCUGUUAAGAUCACGUGGGGAACAUAUCAGCAGUCACUAAAACAGAAAUGCUGGCUGAAUGGCCGGGUUCCCAGACCUGAGUGGGGCUGCACUGAAAUCCAUCACCAUGAAUGGUCCAAGAUGGCUCUCUUUGAUUUUUUGUUACAGAUUUAUAAUCGCUUAGAUACAAAUUGCUGUGGAUUCAAACCUCGCAAGGAAGAUGCCUGCAUACAGAAUGGACUGAGGCCAAACUGUGAUGACCAAAAUUCUGUGACUUUAGCACACAUUAUCCAGCGAAAGAAUGACCCAAGACAUUUGGUCUUCAUAAACAAUAAGGGCUUCUUUGACAGAAGUGAAGACAACUUAAACUUCAAAUUGCUAGAAGGCAUCAGAGAGUUUCCCGACUCUGCAGUCUCUGUUCUGAAGAGCCAGCACUUACGGCAGAAGCUCCUUCAGUCUCUGUUCCUUGAUAAGGUUUACUGGGAAAGUCAAGGAGGCAGGCAAGGCAUAGAGAAGCUCAUUGAUGUGAUAGAACAGAGAGCCAGAAUCCUUGUCACCUACAUCAAUGCACAUGGCGUCAAAGUAUUACCUAUGAAUGGAUGACAUAGGGUUUCCUGCCUCAAGGACACACAUGUGUGACUUUUGGGUUUUCUUAAUAAAGUAUAUGAACCUUAAGUGUUUCUAGGAGUGAGGCAGCAUAAUUGAAUACACAAAACUGACCCAAUAUAUAUCAUGAACCGAGUUUAAAAAGUUUGCAGAGUUUAAAGGUAUGCAGUUUCAAGAAGUAUUGGAAUAACACAUUGCUUGCAAAAUGCGUGAUAUUUUUUUUUUUUUUUUUGCCUAACACUCUGGCAUGUACAUCUCAGUGUCAUUGUUAAACAAUGGCCCUAAUUAUUAUUCCCACUGAUGUUUAAACCAUUUUCAUGCCAUUUGAUGGGGCAAUAUAAAUCAGAGAUUUGACUCUUCUCAGAAAGAGUCAUAUUGUCAUGCCAUUUGACUGAUCGGCCAGCUCCUAGCAGAGAGUUAAUUGAUAUUUUCCUGAUGCUG